GGUGACGUCACCCCCCUUCGCCUCCCUGAGUAAGAUGGCGGCGGCGGCGCGCGUCUCCCCGUGGCGCCCGUGACACGUGCGGCCACUGUCGCUGUGCCGCCACCGCCGCUGCUGUCCCCGCUGAGCUCUCACGCCCGGAGAUGUCUACGCCGGGCGUGAGGCUCGUGUCGUCUGUGCUGAGGCCGCUCUGCUCCCGGGGCCGCCAGCUUCUCGCUCCCCUGCAGGCGCCGCAGCGAGUGCUUGCGAACGUGUUCGUGAGCAGGCAUCAGUGCUCAGAGAGCUCACAGAAAACCAUCACACUACCCAUAAAAGAGGCUGUGACAUCCCUCUCCAAACCUCCGUGGAAAGAGGUGACUUUACCAGACCCAGAGGAAGAGAAGAAAUACCACCAAGUGGUGGUCCAGACGGUGAACGACCAGAUCGCGGGGGGCGAUUACGGCCGCCUCUUUGCCGUGGUGCACUUCUCGGGGAAGCAGUUCAAGGUGACGGCGGCGGACCUCAUUUUGAUCGAGCAUGAGUUUCAGGCCGAGUGUGGAGACCGCAUCCGCAUGGAGAAGGUCAUGCUUGUGGGAGCUGAGAACUUCACACUGCUGGGCCGACCGCUGCUCGAUAGGGACCUGGUGCGCGUGGAGGCUACUGUGAUCGAGAAGACGCACUCGGUAGAGAAAAUCCGCAUGUUCUUCCGCCGGAGGAAGAGAUGGCAGCGCAAGUACGUGAGGACCACGCCGCAGACCGUGCUACGGAUUAACUCCAUCGACAUCGCUCCCACACUCGCUUGAACCUCCAGCAGCACACGCAUUGUGACAAAGCCUGGCUCGCUCUCUCUGUUCGUCCCCCGCUGCAACUGACCAGCAGGGACCUCCCACGCACGCGCUGGCACGCCCGGCAGUUUCCAUUCUCCACAUCGCGUUCGCUAGGACAUUUGUAUCUUAAAGGUGCCUCAUAAAGAGACUUGUGUGUGUGCUCUGUGUCAGUGGCAACAUAGGACUGUCUCAUUACGGCCAGGCCACUUUGUGGCUAUUGACAUUAUGGUAACUGUAUCGUAUAAUGUUGUCUCGUAACUCCCGCUGUUUAAUAAAAGAUGAUUUUCAAUGC